AGGUCGUUAAAGCAUCAUUUUCAUGAAGAAAUAGGGUUAUUAAUUUAUGCAGCCACCUUUUAAAUUAGGAACAAAGCCGGUUUAUUUACCAAAUAUUGUUUUUACUUUAUUACGAAGUCCUCAUCUUUUACCAACUCAAGCAGCUUUUAAAGUUCCAAUAACAGUUAAUAAGUUUGAUGUUAGAGAUUAUCUUUAUCAUAUAUAUCAAAUUGAGGUUACUCGUGUAAGAUCAAUGAUAUGUUAUAGCAAGAGAAUUCGUAGAAAAGAUUAUACAAGAAUGCUCGAGAGAACACCAUCAUUUAAGAAAGUUAUAGUUGAUAUGAAAGAGCCGUUUAUAUAUCCUAAAGAACCGGAAAAUUUGGAUCCGUGGAAUAAAAGAUAUACAGAUGGACUUCAGGCAUGGACACAGUCAAAAAUGUUUAGGAGAAGACGCCGUGAACCAAAGAUCUGGAAAGAACUUAGAAAAGAUAAAAAAGCAUUGGCAGAAUAAUAUAUUUACUUUAUAAAUUAUAAAAGAAUACAGGAAAAACUAUUAA